CUCACAGUCUAUCCACUUUUUAACACAGAGGGCAACUCCCCCACCCCUCCUACCUCUCCUAUCCCUUUACAAAGGCUUAUAGCCCUCAACGGUGGCAUUCCAGUGAUGCGAACCAUCCCACCAUGCUUCCAUGACAGCAAUAAGGUCACAGUUUUCCAACUGCACCACGGUUCCCAACCCCUCUUACUUAUUUCUUGUGCUCUGUGCUUUGGAAUAGGGGCACUUCUCUAUAGAGGUGGGGUGUUGGCAGGGUGCUGGGUGCAGGGAAGGUGCUGCUGUCCCAUUUGGGUGCGGUGUGGGUGGUGAUGUGCAGCUCUGGCUCAUCUGCACCAGACCUUUGCACUCUGCAGAUGGGGCCUCUCCCUGUUCUGCAGUGCCAAAGGUCCCCACGGCUCCCGGGGACAGUUUGUGGCUGAGUGCUGGGAACAGAUUGCUUUUCCCACCCACUGGUUGCUGCUCAUUGCCCUGUGCCUGGGUUUGGGUGUCUCUGCAGGGCACACAGAGCUGAGCUGGUUUCAGGCAGCAUGCCCAGCACCAUGACCGGGUGGCUUCAGAGACUCCACAGCCCCUCUGUGCAGGCAGAAGUGCUGCGGGUUCCUGGCCGUGCUCUUCGGGAUCCCGGAUUCGCCUCUUCAAUUCCUCCGCUCUCCUGCCCGACUGUGACACCGCUGUUGGCCCCGGUGCGGUGCAGGGGCUGUGGGACAGUGGCUGCCGCUACCCCUGGGCCAGGCACCAGCACGGACCUGGCAGGUGUCCCCAAGGGACCAGGGUCUCCCCACCAGGUCUGAUGAUGAGCAUCAUUCCCAGAAGAGCAGAGGACUCCGACACCGAAGCUGGCAGCCCCAGACGCAAGAGCAGGGACAGGGCAGCAGGGCAUGGAUGGGGCUUCAAUGGCUUUUCCAGGGAGCCGGCCUGCCAGUGUCCCCCUGCUCCUGGCCAACGCUGAGCAUCUCUGAGCUGCUGCCACCAGCAGAGCUGUGCUGGGCCACCUGCCCCUCCACGGUCAGCAGGGACACUGGACACCCAGCACAGCUCAGGUGCCACACUCCUUCCCCACUCCUCUGCCAGUUCCUGCCCAAUUCAGUCCUCCUCACCCCCCUGCUGAUCUUCCUCUCGCAGCCAUCACCUCCAGGCGCUGCACGGGCACUGUCUCCCUGUACUGCCCUGCACAUGGAACCCACACGCCAAGCAGAAGCCGUGGUGCUCCCUGUAGCAGACCCAGCCCCCCAAGCCCAGCCCUUGUUGUCCUCACCCUUUGGUGACAGCUGUCCCAUGCAUGUCCCAGAGCAUCCGCAGGGCAAUGGGACUUCUGCUGGCUGACAUCUGCCCAGAUGUGCAUGAGGGUGGGGAAGACUCUGCUGCUGCUCAGGCACAGCCUAUGUCCCUCAGUGUUUCCGCCUGUUCUCACAGGGGCAGUUACUCCUGCUAAUGAGGUAGAGCAGGUGGCUAAUAAAUGCUCCCAGGAAUAGAGGCAGGGCUUAGAUUUCAGAGGGUUUUGUUAUCUGGGUGCUUGUAACCCAAUCUCCCAGGCUUGGCUUCCAGGAGCAGAUCUGAUACUCGUCUGCCCCUGAAAGGUGAGCUCCUUCACACCACACAGCCGCCCGUGGCUGCCAGACCCAAUGCUGCUCCCAGGACGGCCACAGCCCCCCGGGGUGGUGCAGCCCCUCUACCACCUCCCCUGAGGACCUGGGGAGGAGAGCAUCCAGCAUGUCCCAGGCUGGUGGCAGCCCCUGUGCAGAGGACAGGGGGCCAAGCGCCGAGGCUCACACGCGCACCCUGAGCCGGGGCAGCCAGAAGCUUGAGUGCAUCAUCUGCUACUCCUCGUAUGACCCGUGUGUCCGGCUGCCACGCCGGCUCUACUGCGGCCAUACGUUCUGCCAGACCUGCCUCAAGCGCCUGGACACCGUCGCCAACGAGCAGCGCUGGAUCCCCUGCCCACAGUGCCGCCAAAAUACGCCCACACCACGAGGCGGUGUCACCAUGCUCGACCUUGACCUGGCCACUUUCCUCCUGGUCAAGGCUGACAAGGAGCAUCCCCGGGCGGCCACACGCUCCCUGCAGGACGUGGCCACCAAGGGUUUGUGCAAGGAGCCUCCGGUCACACAGCAGCCGCUGGGGCUGUGCCAAGACACAGUGCCCCGGGCACCGUUCCCGCACCGUGGCUGCUGCCGGCCGUGUGUCUGCUGUGGGGUGACGGCAGCAUUUGAGAGCUGAAUGUGGGGACAUGAGGACAGCAGGGUUUGGUGGAGUGAAGCACAGCAUCCUGUGCCCCCACACUGAGCUCCUGGGGUGCUGUCUGGGUCACAUUGUGGGAAUCCCCAUGCCAUGCCCCAGGCUCAUUGAGGAUGGCAGUGGUGGGGUUGUUCUGGUGGCUUAGGAAAGGCUCCAGCUUGUCCAUGGUCUGUUUCCCAUCCUGCUGGGAUUUGGGCUGCAGCAGGAGGGGAUGAGGGUGAUCCCAUCCUUCAUCCUGCCAACUGACCCCUCUGACAGCUCCAAACCUGCUACAGCCAUCACAGAUGCCCCUGGGCCUGGCGUCACAGCUUCUCUGUGCAUGCAGCUCUAUAAUGGGGACACCUUCACCAGGACAGGGGGCGUGGGAGCCUGGCACAGCACAGUGACUCAGGGAUGCUCCAGGGAGUGUCCCACAGCCUGAAGGUCCUAUGUCCAUUAAACGCCU